AUGACAGCAGAGAAAACGACUGCGCCGCUUCUGGUUAGGAUGUGCGACGUUAUGUAUCACUGGUUUGGUACAAUAUCCUCAUCAUAUCCUCGAACAGUAAUCGCUAUAUGUUUGAUCUUCACGGGCUUGAUGACAUUCAAAGUAGCUAGAACACCGGAAGUGAGUGCAAUGGAUGGAUAUGCCAGUGAUGAUGCGCGCUCAAAAGUCGAGUUUAACAGUUUUCAACAAUUUUUGAAUUCUGAUGGAGCAGGUAUAUCAUUAGGCAUCUUAUUAAAGUCGAAUGAUAAUGGAUCUAUGAUUCGUUCGGCGCAACUAGAAGAAACUGUCAAAAUAAUUGAUUUGGUUUCAACUCAGUUUCCCAUGUUCAAUGAGGAGAAAGGAAGAAAUGAAACAUUUGAGGAAUUUUGCUACGGGUUCUGUCAGGCAAACGAGCCAGUCCGACAGUAUUAUAAUGGCAUACAAAUAGUGUCUUCGAAUGACACAGAUUCCGUAUCUCAAAGAAUUCAUCUGGCUUAUCCAACAUCUUCCAUGUUUGGCAGAGAAUUCAGUCUCUUGCCUAACUAUUUCGGUGUGGAAGCAGAACAGGAUGGCACAUUGAAAUCAGUUUCUCUUAUUGUCCUCUAUUUCCGAGCGGAAAAGCAUAAAACAUGGACAAAGCAGAUGGUGAAGGAUUGGGAAAUCAACUUAGGUCAUUACUUUAACACAUCAUACAAUAGCUCAAACCUGAAGAUACAUGUCUACUCACCAGCCAUUGUAGAGAAAGAAAUCGUUCGAUCUGGAGAUUUAUUGCGGCCCUUUAUGUUCGUGGGUUUUGCUAUCAUGACAUCAUUCUGCUCCUUGACGACAAUAAUCAGCGGGGUUACCGUUUAUGGUCAACAAGCCACAUUCCGAAAAAUCAUACUGUCCGUUAUUGCCUGUAUAAACUCGUUUAUGGCCUGUGGCUGUGCCUUUGGCAUCAUGUUUUUCUGCGGAAUCACCUUCUCUCCACUACUGUGCAUCACACCCUUCUUGGUUUUGGCGAUUAGUGUUGAUGAUUCUUUCUUGAUGAUACAUGCCUGGAAUCGUCUCAUGAUGACUAACAGUAAGAUAUCGAGAGAAAAAGCAAUAACAGAUGUACUCGUUCACAGUGGAGCAGCUAUCUCCAUAUCUGCCGCCACCAAUAUCUUGGCAUUUGCUGUUGGAGCAUUUACGUCCCCACCAGAAAUCAGAAUCUUCUGUAUCGGAAAUGCUGCUUGUAUCAUCAUGGAUGUAAUUUUCCAAUCAACAUUCUUCACAGCGUCAAUGUUCUUACUCGCCGAUGAGCCUGUCGAGAAUUAUCAACGAUCAUAUGGAGACCGAAUCAGAAAAUAUGUGACCAAAUUCACCAAAUUCUAUGUUCAUCAAUGGACGAAGCCAUUAGUAUCAUUUGUUUGCUUCUUCUUGUGGAUUGUCUAUAUGGCUGGAGCGGUAUAUGGACUCUUCCAGGUUCAUGUUGACCUUUCCUCGGACAAAAUGUUCCCACCUGAUUCUCCAGUAAUCGAAAUUGACCACAUGCGUAGCAAGGACGUUGUACCUUUCUAUAAUCCAGCAAUGAUUGUUAUCAAUGAACCUGGAGAUCUUAUGAACAAGACCAAUGUAGAGAAACUGAUUCAGAUGAAAGAAUCAUUUGAGCGUAUGGCAAGCGCUAUCGGACCUGAGAGCUCCAAGUUCUUCUUAACGGAUUACAUGGACUUCUUGGAAUCCAUGUCUGACAUUCAGGAAGAGUUCGGAGAAGAGGAGGGCAACUCUACAGAUAGUUUAUCUUCCAUUGAAGACUUCUUGAACUGGCCAGAGUAUUCAUUCUGGAGAGGAUUCCUUUCAAUCAAAGAACGUCCCUCAACUAUUGGAAAUGGUUCAUCUGAGAAAUACGUGGAUAAGUUCAUGUUCAGUACCGGAUAUCAUGGAAAAGAGCUACAGGAAUGGAGUGCGCGAGGUGACCUGCUGGAUAAGUGGAGAGAAGAAGUUGAUAAAUAUCCUGAAUUUAAUGCUACCAUUUUCACCGAUGCUGCUUUCUACUUAGACGUACUUGAGAAAAUCCCGAGUACUACAAGUCAAUCCGUGAUUGUUACAUUCAUCUGCGUAAUCUUUGUUUGUAUGCUGUUCAUAUCUCAUCCAACCACUGUUGUUGUCGUCAGUACUGCUAUUCUCUCAACCUGUUUAGGCGUUUUCGGCUAUUUAAGCCUGUUUGGUAUUAGUCUUGAUCCUGUGAUGAUGUCAAUAUCUAUUAUGUGUAUUGGUUUCAGUGUUGACAUACCAGCUCACGUAUCCUUCCAUUUCUUCGCCUCUAAGCGCGAUAGUAGUUCUGGUUCUGAUUUAUCAAUCACUUCUGAUGAUGAAGAAAAAGAAGACCUAGAGCACAAAUUAUGCCACACGUUGUGCUCAGUUGGUUUUCCUGUGUUACAAGCUGGUUUAUCCACUGAUCUCUGCACCCUACCUCUUCUCUUUGUUAAUUUAUACAUGGCUAAGGUGUUCGCGUGGUCAUUGAUGUUCUGCGUUACUCUUUCUUUGAUCCAUGGAUUAAUGUUCAUCCCCCUACUGUUCAGUAUGAACUACCAUAUCAGAAAGAUAUUUUCAAGGGUUAUCAACCUCAUGAAAUGA